AUGGCCGCCAGCGGUGCUCCUCGUCUCUCCUUGCCGGUCCUGCUGCCUGUCGGUACUUUGCUGCUAUCACUGCUGCUCGUCAGCACCCACGCCUUAGCACCACCACGCUUCACUAAAGUUCCUGUCGACCAGAUCGGCGUUUCGGGGGGCGUGGUCUCCUUCGUUUGCCAGGCGACAGGGGACCCCAAGCCGAGGGUGAGCUGGAACAAGAAAGGCAAGAAGGUCAACUCCCAGCGCAUAGAGACAAUCGAGUUCGAUGAGGGUGCGGGUGCUGUACUCCGAAUCCAGCCUCUCCGGGCGCCACGCGAUGAGAACAUCUACGAAUGUGUGGCCGAGAAUACCGAGGGCGAGAUCACUGUCAACGCCAAGCUGUCCAUCAUCCGAGAGGACCUGCUGCCGGCGGGCUUCCCCAACAUUGAUAUGGGCCCUCAGCUCAAAGUGGUGGAGCGGACUCGGACAGCCACUAUGCUCUGCGCCGCCAGUGGCAAUCCUGAUCCAGAAAUCACCUGGUUCAAAGAUUUCCUGCCCAUUGACCCCAGUGCAAGUAAUGGACGUAUCAAACAGCUGCGCUCAGAAACCUUUGAGAGUACCCCGAUCCGAGGUGCCCUGCAGAUCGAGAACAGCGAGGAGACGGACCAGGGGAAGUACGAGUGCGUGGCGUCUAAUGUGGAAGGCGUGCGCUACUCGUCCCCCGCUAAUCUUUAUGUGCGAGAGCUUCGAGAAGUCCGACGGGUGCCCCCUCGCUUCUCCAUCCCACCAACAAGUCAGGAGAUCAUGCCUGGUGGCAGCGUGAACAUAACCUGUGUGGCAGUGGGGUCACCCAUGCCUUACGUCAAGUGGAUGCUCAACUCAGAAGACUUAACACCAGAGGACGAGAUGCCAGUGGGCAGGAAUGUUCUUGAACUCAGCAGCGUCCGCGAGUCGGCCAACUAUACCUGUGUGGCCAUGAGCAGCCUUGGCAUCAUUGAAGCUGUGGCACAGAUCACAGUCAAAUCUCUACCCAAACCUCCUGGUACCCCUGUGGUGACUGAGACCACUGCCACCAGUGUCACCAUCACCUGGGACUCAGGCAACCCAGACCCAGUGACUUACUACAUCAUCCAGUACCGGGCAAAGUCCCCAGAUAGCAAGUAUGAGACCAUGGAUGGCAUCACCACCACACGCUACAGCAUUGGCGGACUCUACCCCAACACUGAGUAUGAAAUCCGUGUCUCGGCCUUCAACACGAUUGGCCAGGGCCCUCCCAGUGAGCCAGUGGAGACCCGGACUGGGGAGCAAGCCCCCGCCAGCCCUCCACGGAACAUCCAGGCACGGAUCAUAUCCCAAAACACCAUGAUGGUGCGCUGGGAGGAACCCGAGGAGCCCAAUGGGCAGAUCAAGGGUUAUCGGGUUUACUACACCAUGGACGACUCCCAGCCCAUGAGCCUCUGGCAAAUCCACAAUGUCCAGGACAGCACCAUCACUACCAUUCAGAGCCUAGUGGUCUCAGAAACCUACACCAUCAAAGUCCUGGCCUUCACCUCUGUGGGUGAUGGACCCUUUUCAGAGCCCAUCCAUGUCAAAGUACUGCAAGGAGUCCCGGGUCAGCCAACUAAGUUCCAGGUUGGUGCUGUGUCUGACACCAGUAUUGAACUAACUUGGGAACCUGCCUAUGAAAAGGAAGGCAUCAUCAGCUAUGAUCUUCGCUAUAAAGAGGGCAGCUUUGGCACUCAGAUAAAGAAAACAUUUGGACCCACAUCUUCAUAUGUUGUGGAGGGUCUCCGUCCAAACACAGAGUACUACUUCUCUCUGGCAGCUGUCUCUAACAAAGGCAUCGGAGCCUUCACCAAUGACAUAUCCCAGAAGACGUUGCAAGCCAAGCCCUCAGCUCCCCCUCAAGACAUUAAGUGCAGCAGCUCCAGCUCCACCACCCUGCUGGUAAGUUGGCGCCCCCCGCCUGUGGAGAGCCAGAACGGCGCCCUGGCGGGGUACAGGGUGCGCUACCAGGUGGUGGGGGGCCCGUCGGACGCCGGCGGUGGCGACGGAGAGUCUGUGGAGGAGCCGACGGUGCCUGCCACCGAAGAGCAGGUGCUGCUGCAGCGGCUGGAGAAGUGGACCCAGUACCAAAUCACAGUGGCCGCCUUCACCGAGGUCGGGCCGGGCCCCGAGAGCGAGCCCCUGAUCUGCCGCACCGAUGAGGAUGUUCCGGGGGCUCCUCCGAGGCGUGUAGAAGUGGAGGUGCUCAACUCCACGGCAAUCAAGGUGAUGUGGCGCUCCCUGACGCCGGGCAAACAACACGGCCAGAUCCGCGGCUACCAGGUCCACUAUGUGUGCGUGGAGAACGGCGAGUCACGGGGCCGGCCCCUCAUCAAGGACGUCAUGCUGGCCGACGCCCAGUGGGAAACGGACGAUACGGCAGAAUAUGAGAUGGUCAUCGGAGGGCUCCACCCAAACACCACCUACUCCAUCACGGUGGCUGCGUACACCACCAAGGGUGAUGGGGCCCGGAGCAAACCCAAACUGGUGGUGACCAAAGUGGCAGUGCCUGGACCUCCGCGCCUGUCAGUGGCUCAGGAUUCAGAGACAUCCGCUGUGGUUCGCUGGGACCCCCCAGACCUUGUCAGCGGCAUGGACCUGCAGGGUUACCGGCUCCAGUUUGGCCGUAAAGAUGUCUCACCCUUGGCCACGUUGGAGUUCGCCCCUCAGGAGCGAGUGUACUCUGUAGGCAGUGUCCACCGAGGAGCCACCUACCUCUUUAAAAUCUCAGCCAAGAGCAGGGGGGGCUUCGGAGAAGAGGCCGUGAUGGAACUCAGAGUGCCAGAGAACACGCCCGGGGGUUAUCCUCAAAUUAAGGAGGGCUCCAACGUGACCUGCUGCUCUGUGCAGCUGUCCUGGUCUCCACCGGUGCUGGCGGAGAGGAACGGGGCUAUCACGGAAUACACAUUGGCCUACAAAGAGGCCGGUACCGGUGGAGCACCCCGGGAGCUCCGCUUGCCCCCCAACCUGUCCAGCUACGUGCUCAACAGCCUCAAACCGAACUCGGCAUACGACGUGAAAAUACGCGCACACACCAGUGUAGGUCCAGGGCCCUACAGCCCGCCGAUCCAGUAUCGGACGGUGGCCUUUGACCCAACAGAUGUUCCAAAGAACUUCACUGUCAAGUGGGCCACCAAGACCACAGUGGUUCUCGCAUGGAAGUUUUCAGAAAGCAGGGCUCCCUACAAAUGCACGAUUGAGUACAACCGUCAGAAGAUGGACGUGGACGCCAGGCAGAUGAGAGUCCUGGUCACUGGCUUGAGGCCCAACAGCACCUAUGAGUUCAGGGUGACCUGCCAGGAGAGUAUGGAUGGUGGGCCGAGGCACCGCGUGGUGGCAAGGACCGCCCCCCUCAUCCUGGUUAAGAAACCCAAAGUGGACACCUAUGGCGAGCCUGACAACACGUUCACCAUGUCCUUCCCACCAGUGGACAGCAAGGACGUGAAGAACUUCUACGUGGUUGUGGUGCCACUUAAGAAGACCCCGGUCAGUGUCAAAAACCUGAAGAACCCUGAUGAGAUGGAUAUGGAAGAGCUGCUGCGGGAGGUGAUCCCCAAGCGUCGAUCUCGUCGCCAGCUGGCUCAGCUGGACCAGAGGAAGCCUUACAUCACGGCCUGCUUCAAGCAGCUGCCCUCCAGCUUCACGGUAGGAACUGACCACCGUUACAGCAACUGUGAGAACAAGCCUCUCGAUCCCGGCCAGGAGUACGUCUUCUUCCUGCUGGCUGAGCUCAACACCACCGCUGGGAAAAUGUUUGCAACGAGUUCCUACACCGACACAGUGAUGACCUCUGAGCUGGUAGUGGGUGCCCUGCCAGUGGAGACAGGUGGUGAUGGCCUCAUCUGGGUGGUGGGCCCUGUCCUGGCCGUGGUCUUCAUCAUCUGCAUUGUCAUCGCCAUUCUCCUAUACAAGAACAAACCUGACAGUCGCAAAAGAAAAGAAUCAGAGCCACGUACAAAAUGUCUGCUGAACAACGCAGACAUUACGCCCCACCACCCUACAGACCCUGUGGAGAUGAGACGCAUCAACUUCCAGACUCCAGAUUCUGGUCUAAGCAGUCCUCAGAGUGAAGCUGAUUUUGACUAUGAAAGUAUGAUGAAUCAUCCUCCGAUCCCCAUCUCAGAGCUGGCUGAACACACGGAGCUCCUCAAGGCCAAUGACAACCUGAAGCUCUCCCAGGAGUAUGAGUCUAUUGAUCCAGGUCAGCAGUUCACCUGGGAGCACUCCAACCUGGAGGUGAAUAAGCCCAAAAAUCGCUACGCCAACGUCAUCGCCUACGACCACUCCCGUGUCAUCCUGGCUCCCAUCGAGGGUAUUACAGGCAGUGACUACAUCAAUGCCAACUACAUUGAUGGCUACAGGAAGCAGAACGCUUACAUCGCCACCCAGGGGCCCUUGCCGGAGACCUUCGGGGACUUCUGGAGGAUGGUGUGGGAGCAGAGAGCAGCCACUGUAGUCAUGAUGACCAGGCUGGAGGAGAAGUCACGGAUUAAGUGUGAUCAGUACUGGCCCAGUCGUGGCACCGAGACAUACGGUAUGACCCAGGUGACCCUACUGGACACUAUAGAGCUGGCCACAUUCUGUGUCCGUACCUUCUCCCUGCACAAGAAUGGUUCCAGUGAGAAACGGGAGGUUCGCCAGUUCCAGUUCACGGCGUGGCCCGACCACGGCGUCCCGGAGUACCCGACCCCCUUCCUGGCCUUCCUCCGUAGGGUCAAGACCUGCAACCCUCCUGACGCCGGCCCCAUCAUCGCCCACUGCAGUGCGGGUGUGGGCCGGACGGGCUGCUUCAUCGUCAUCGAUGCCAUGCUGGAGCGCAUCAAGCAUGAGAAGACGGCAGACAUCUACGGCCACGUGACGCUGAUGCGUUCGCAGCGGAACUACAUGGUGCAGACAGAGGACCAGUACAGCUUCAUCCAUGACGCGCUGCUGGAGGCCGUGGCCUGUGGCAACACCGAGGUGGCGGCCCGCAGCCUCUACUCCUACAUCCAGAAGCUGGCUCAGGUGGAAAGCGGAGAGCAUGUCACCGGCAUGGAGCUGGAGUUCAAGCGUUUGGCCAACUCCAAGGCCCACACGUCCCGGUUCAUCAGUGCCAACCUGCCCUGCAACAAGUUCAAGAAUAGGCUGGUCAACAUCAUGCCCUACGAGACCACGCGCGUCUGCCUGCAGCCAAUCAGAGGCCUCGAAGGCUCCGACUACAUCAACGCCAGCUUCAUCGAUGGAUACAGGCAACAGAAGGCCUACAUCGCCACACAGGGCCCUCUGGCAGAGACUACAGAAGACUUCUGGAGAAUGCUCUGGGAGAACAACUCCACCAUCGUAGUCAUGUUAACCAAACUGAGAGAGAUGGGACGGGAAAAGUGUCACCAGUACUGGCCGGCCGAGCGCUCUGCCAGGUACCAGUACUUUGUGGUGGAUCCCAUGGCCGAGUACAACAUGCCCCAGUACAUCCUCCGAGAGUUCAAGGUCACAGACGCCAGGGAUGGCCAGUCCAGGACAGUGAGGCAGUUCCAGUUCACCGACUGGCCAGAGCAGGGUGUGCCCAAAUCCGGGGAGGGAUUUAUCGAUUUCAUCGGCCAGGUGCAUAAAACCAAGGAGCAGUUUGGACAGGAUGGACCAAUCUCUGUCCAUUGCAGUGCCGGGGUGGGCCGGACCGGAGUCUUCAUCACCCUCAGCAUCGUCCUGGAGAGGAUGCGCUAUGAAGGCGUGGUCGACAUCUUCCAGACGGUGAAGAUGCUUCGAACACAGAGGCCAGCCAUGGUCCAGACUGAGGAUGAAUACCAAUUCUGCUACCAAGCGGCUCUGGAGUACUUAGGAAGCUUUGAUCACUAUGCAACGUAAAAAGCCAUCUUGCCCCCCUCCCCUCCCCAGAGUCCUGUCUCCCCCCUCACCAGUCUCCUGAGCCAUAGAAACUUGCUUGAAAUUUGAAAUGACACAACAGCAGCAGCAACAAACGACAUCACCACUAAUCCAAAUACACCAAACGGGAUACAAUUGUAGAUUUUUUAGAAGACGAAGCCCCAUUUAGGCAACCAACCGGUUCAUAACAACUCCAAUUGGACUUAAGGGACCCUUGGCGCCAGUGAGCGAAGCUGCCCAUCAUCAGGAAAACAAAGUGACGUCCUCAUCGCCCGAGGAGAGGAACCAAAAGCUGUGGCUCAAGCUGUGGGGCGGGGAACGAUCAAAGUGUCAGACUGCUAACCUUACCUCAAGUGUUUCAAUGUGGAGGACAUUGUAAACAUUUCGUGGACAUUCUCUUCUCAAAAAUAUCUACAACGGCAACAGUGGAUGGAGGAAUAAGCGACGGUUACGAAGCAAAAUUCAGCAAGAGGCAGAUGGAUGUAGCCUAGACAUUUUUCGUGAGUGAUACCUAGAGAAAUGACCAAAUUGUGGUUGCCUGUGUGAACACAAAUGAUUGUCUCCAAAACUUUGGUCAACCAAACAUGAUAAAAAAAAAAAAAAAAAAAUAGAAAAGAUGGAAAUGAGACUAUAGCACGAGAUUACUCCCAUUUGAUAUCAAAUCAACCCAGUGUUUUUACUCUGUCCUACUAGUGAUACGCCUCAUUUGUCUGGAAAAACACCCCCAACUACUGAAGUAACUACCACAUGACCGCCCAUUCUCAAAAGCUUAGGGCUAAGAGAAGGCACUGGUUGUCGGGGGGGGAGAAAGCAAGGACACAUAUCUCACCAAGACUGUACACAACUUUCGUUCGAUGAAUUGCUAAUUCUUAGCACAUACUGAAUCAGUAUCCCGAGCAACCUGGGAGGUCAGGCCAGCACGCUGCCGUUGAGUGGUACCCCAGGGAAGUGCAUUCUAGCCUCUGUCACCACAGAAUAUGGGGAAAGUCUUGGUGGUUGCGAGAAGCUCCAGCUAUCAUCGUGCAGUUGGUUAAGAUGGGAGAAAUGGCAACCGUGUGACCCCUGAUUUUUUACAUUCACCCCUCUCUUUGGAACCAUCGCAUCACGGGGCUUUGGUGUUCUCAUCUACCAUUUCGAACAAGAGAUACUCCAGCGGCUUCAGAACGGAUGGAACUACCAAAUGAGCAUCGCCUCUAAGCGCAAGAUACGCCAGUGGGGCUUUCUCUUUGUACAGUGACCAACACCCAUCAUCAUCAUUUAUAACUUUUUUGUCUUACGAUAAAUUGUAAUCUCUUUUUUUCUUUCGUUUGUUGAAUUUUCUGUUAAAACCAAACAUGCUGCUUAUCUUGUGUAUGCCGUACGUACGUGGGACUCUACGUUGGGGGGGGGAGGGGGGACUGACGAACAAAAUGGUGCCAGCUCUGCUAGCCGCUUGCACCCAGGGAGCCAUGACUAAAAGAGCAUUCACAUGACAUUGUCUUUUCCCCAAUCGACCCUUUUUGUUCCAGCCUCCUCUAUCCUCACCCCUUUCAUUGGAUAGACGCUCAAGAGUGGCACAGGCCUUUUUGCAGUUACAAAACGGAGUUCCGAUGUGGUUGAAAACUUGGCCGUCGGCAGUUCCACCGGUAUGCGUGUUCACUCACAGGUAGUAAACAAAGUAGAUACUUUUUGUUUUUUGUCCUCCAGUUUUUCAGGAUGAUGCCUCUGUGGGUGACUAGAAUAGGCCACCGAGUUGAAGCUCAAGUGUCACGAUGUGGUAGUGACAUUCUCCGAUACAUGUUACUUGCACAUCACCAAAAAAAAAAAACAAACUCAAAAAAACUUGAAACCGAUGCCCCCAAAA